AUGGACGGGAUUCUCCCGCGUCUGGAGCUGCAGAUUCUCCCGCGUCUGGAGCUGCAGAUUCUCCCGCGUCUGGAGCUGCAGAUUCUCCCGCGUCUGGAGCUGCAGAUUCUCCCGCGUCUGGAGCUGCAGAUUCUCCCGCGUCUGGAGCUGCAGAUUCUCCCGCGUCUGGAGCUGCAGAUUCUCCCGCGUCUGGAGCUGCAGAUUCUCCUGCGUCUGGAGCUGCAGAUUCUCCCGCGUCUGGAGCUGCAGAUUCUCCCGCGUCUGGAGCUGCAGAUUCUCCCGCGUCUGGAGCUGCAGAUUCUCCCGCGUCUGGAGCUGCAGAUUCUCCUGCGUCUGGAGCUGCAGAUUCUCCUGCGUCUGGAGCUGCAGAUUCUCCUGCGUCUGGAGCUGCAGAUUCUCCCGCGUCUGGAGCUGCAGAUUCUCCUGCGUCUGGAGCUGCAGAUUCUCCUGCGUCUGGAGCUGCAGAUUCUCCUGCGUCUGGAGCUGCAGAUUCUCCUGCGUCUGGAGCUGCAGAUUCUCCUGCGUCUGGAGCUGCAGAUUCUCCUGCGUCUGGAGCUGCAGAUUCUCCUGCGUCUGGAGCUGCAGAUUCUCCUGCGUCUGGAGCUGCAGAUUCUCCUGCGUCUGGAGCUGCAGAUUCUCCUGCGUCUGGAGCUGCAGAUUCUCCUGCGUCUGGAGCUGCAGAUUCUCCUGCGUCUGGAGCUGCAGAUUCUCCUGCGUCUGGAGCUGCAGAUUCUCCUGCGUCUGGAGCUGCAGAUUCUCCUGCGUCUGGAGCUGCAGAUUCUCCUGCGUCUGGAGCUGCAGAUUCUCCUGCGUCUGGAGCUGCAGAUUCUCCUGCGUCUGGAGCUGCAGAUUCUCCUGCGUCUGGAGCUGCAGAUUCUCCUGCGUCUGGAGCUGCAGAUUCUCCUGCGUCUGGAGCUGCAGAUUCUCCUGCGUCUGGAGCUGCAGAUUCUCCUGCGUCUGGAGCUGCAGAUUCUCACACAACCCGAGCUACACCAGUGCCUGGGCACCAAAGACAUCUCUCUCCCCGAGCUACACCAGUGCCUGGGCACCAAGUGGGUGCAUUUCUUUGGGGACCACACCUCCCGCCUCCUCGCCCUGCAUUUCGCGCGCCUGCUGGGGCUGCAGCGGCAGGGCGGGGAGGGGGAGGACGGGGAGGACGGGGACGGGGGGGCAGACGGGGACGGGCCGUUUGGGGGAGGCGGGGGAGGGGAAGGGGAGGGCGGGGCGGGAGGGGAAGGGGGAGAGGGCGGGGAGGGGUUGGGGGAAGGUGGGGGGGAGGGGGGGGAGGCAGGAGCGAGAGGGCCUGGUGUGGCAGAGGGAGUGGAGGAGGAGGGGGACGGAGAGGGGGGUGGGGUGGGCGCUGCUGCUGGUACUGGUACUGGUGGGGGAGCAGGGGACAGGGGGAGGGGGGGAGGCGGGCCGAGAGUGACGUACCUGUUUCGCGGGAAGAUGGCACGGCAGAGACACCCUGAGCCCGGCACACAGGAGCAGCGGGAUUUGAACGACCAGUUUCUGAUGAACAUGACGACAAAGCCAGGCGGGCGGCCGGAUUUUAUAGUGAUGGGCGUGGGGGUGCACGAGGUGAUGGGGUGGGGGAAGCGACCCCCUCCUGACCUUGACUUUGACGCGUUCCGGGAAGAUACCGAGAAGCUUCUGGACCUGCUGAGGCGGACGUACCGUGGAGGGAAGGUGGUGUGGUGGAAGGCGAAUUACAUCUGGCCAGGAGCCUUGCUAAUGGAGGAUUACUUUCAGAUGAGGCAAUUCCACGAGCUCUAUCAGGCGCACGCGUACAGAAGGUUCCAGGAAGCUGGUCAUACCGUGGCCGACUUUUACCAGACCACAGAGGACAGACCUGAGCUGGUGGUUUCACAAGAUGGGACUCGAUACAGUGCACAAGUCAUUGCGCUACAUGCAAAGAUCAUCGCUAACAUUUUGUGCAACCGUCAAUAA